AUGACAAGUCCCGUGAAGAAGUCGAAAAAGAAAUGCGAUGUUGAAGAAGCGCAAGCUGAUUACGAGAGGUCGUUUCCAAGUCUGGAAGCGGGAAAUAGAAUGAUGGUUGAGGCGCAGACAGCAUCUACCAACGGUAUAGUCUUGAAAGGAGAUGAACUGACAGCGCAGGCAUCUCCCACUCAGAAUCGAUGUUCACCUGAAGACCGACAGCGUAUCAAUGUCGGUUGGUUCGCAGGGCCCGCAGAUGCCAAGGAGGAGUACGAUCACAAAAUUGCUGUAUAUAGUCAACGAUUAGGAUGCCAGAUGUACAAUUUCAUUAGUUAUCCUAUUGGUGGAGUAAAGCGUGGAUUCUGGAAACCGAAUAGCACGUCGGCCAUUCCUCCUCCAAUUGAUCUGCCUGAUGUUCAGCUGCAGAAUCAUUUAUGGGAAACGUAUAUUAAUGCUCAGAUAUCUUCAUGGAUUGACUGCGACUCCGAAAACGAAGAGCUGGCUGCUUUAUCCGAGAUUGAGUUACAAAAGGAGCUAAAUUAUUGUGCCUAUAUGGGCCUUCGCAGUGCUGUAUUUCGACUGAAACAUGCCGAUUCACCUCGUUUAGCUCGCAUACUCAAUCAGUGGCUGUGGACCAGAAAUGUGAAUCUGAGGUAUGCGUGGAAACGUAUUGUUCAAGUCGUUGCUUUAACAGUAGUCACC